AUGACAUCCUGUCAUCCAUCGUCUCGUGAUGAUUCCAAAGACAAGCCGCCGGCUAUCGACAUACUCACCUUGAAUGUGGACACGCAUGACACAGCAUUGGGCCAACUUGAUGACCGCUACAUCGCUACAAAAUGGGAAAUUCGGGCUUAUUAUUCGUACUAUAUCGGCAAUAACGGGUUGUCUUUGUUCAACUUCGCUCCAACUGCCUUCCAGAACCUUCUCUACCAAGCAGCAGGUGAUGCCAAUGGGCUUUUCUUCGCAGGAAAGUUCAGAUCCACCGAAAGUAUAGUUCUACUAUGCAACGGCAUCUCCUUCGCAAUCCAGAUCGUGAUCUUCCUCGUGAUAGGAAGUUUCGCUGACUUUGGAAACUGGCAACCAAACAUCCUCAUCGUGCUCUCUACCAUUGCUUAUGCACUGGGAUUCGCCUGGUUGGGCGUCCACACAGCAGAAAAAUGGCAGAUAGGCGUUGGCCUCUAUAUCGUCGGUCUCAUCGCCUAUCAGACCACUCUAACUUUCUGGACUGCUGCUUUCCCAUCACUUGCCCGGAAUACUGCUAAAAUGCGACAAAAGUCCGAUGACUAUGCCAGUGGCAAUAUCUCACGCGAAGAAUAUGAUUUCGCCGAUACGAUGAAAAGGAGCCAGCUUGCAAAUACUGCAUUCUAUAUUCAGUCCGUGUCCGAGAUUGUCAUUCUUGCCAUUAUCGUCGGUCUCAUGUUCGGUAUUGAUGUCAACGCCAGUGAUGCAAAGAAUAACUGGGGCCUAAGUGUCCUUAUUGCUUUUGCCAGUGGUGUCUGGCUACUUGUUUCAUUGCCAUGGUUCUUCUUAGAGAAGCGCCGACCGGGUCAAGAUCCCGGGUCUCAGAAUAUUGUCAUGGCAGGGUUGUCUCAGCUGUAUUAUACGGUACACCAAGUGUGGAAGCUGAAGCAGAGCCUUAUCUAUCUUGUUGGGUACUUUUUACUCGGUGAUUCAUUGAACACUACAGUCACUGUGAUCAGCACCUUACAAAACAGCUUGGUGGCGUAUAAUACACUGCAGUUAACAUAUCUCUUGAUUGUGGGAAUUGCAGCUCAGGCCGUUGGAAUUUAUGCCUUUUGGGCUAUUCAACAGCGGUACAAAUUAGGAACCAAAACCAUGUUCAAUGCUAUUGCAAUUGGUAUCGUCCUACUGGAUGGCUGGGGUAUGAUAGGCAUUUGGACCGAUAAGUUUGGGUUCCAUAAUGUGUGGGAAGUAUGGGUCUACCAAGCGUUCUAUGGUUUGUUCGUCUGUCCGUGGUACAGCUACUCCCAGAUCAUGAUCUCCGAGGUAACACCCCAGGGUUAUGAGUUCCUGUUCUUCAGUCUAUUCAGUAUUGUCGGCAAAACAUCCUCCUUUAUUGGACCUCUUGUCUCCAGUGCCAUCAUUGAUGCCACUCCUUCUGGCAAUGCGUCCACGCCCUUCUAUUUCUUGUUUGGACUGAGUUUGUUGAGCUUUGCAAUCUUAUUUAUUGGUGUGGAUAUAAAGAAGAGUCGUCUGGAACAAGAUCAAUUCUUGAGAGAGAAAGAGCCAAGAGUGGAGGUUGAUACGAAAGCAGUCUGA